AUGCCUCUCGUGGUACCGGGUAUCAACUCCAACAUGGGCGAUAAGUCCGAGUGGGCAAACAAGCUCAUGGGCAAAAAGAUCAGUGACAGUACUAGUGACGAGGUGUCCUUCGCAAAGAAAGAUCUUCCCGAGUCCCACCGCGUACUCAAGCCCGAUGAUAUGAAGUCGAUGGAUCACAAUCCUGACAGACUGAACGUCCACGUGGACCACGACGGCACCGUCCGGGAUGUCACUUACGGCUAG